AUGUCAGUCAUUAUAAGACCAAUUGAAGCUAAAGAUAAACAACAAUGGUUAAAUCUUUGGACUGGCACAGGAGGUUACAUUGAAUUCUACAAAUCAUUAGAUAAAAUUACCCCAGAAAUUUCCGAAACUACAUUUGCUCGUUUCCUUGAUCCUAAUGAACCAGUUUACUCAUUAGUUGCCGUUGAUUCCAAUUCACCUGACAGGAUCAUUGGAUUUGCCAACUAUUUAACUCAUCGUAAUACUUGGACCAUCAAUGAUGCUUUAUAUUUGAAUGAUUUAUUUGUUUGUCAAGAUAAUAGAUUACAUGGAGUUGGUAGGAAAUUGAUUGAGACAGUUUAUGAUGAAGCUGAUCGAUUGAAAUGCGAGAAAUGCUACUGGUCAACUCAAUUUGAGAAUCAUCGGGCUCAAUUAUUGUAUACUAAAGUGGGAGUUAAAUCUGGAUUCUUACUUUAUCGUCGUCCAAAUCUGUCCGAUUGA